UGGCGGGAUGUGUGGCCGACUAUGGCGGACGGCAGUGAUUACGACGGCAAACGCUUGCUGGAGCUGGUGCGAAACGGCGAGAGUCCAUUCAGUGCUGCUUGGGACGUCAAUCUACUCAUUCGCGAGAUCGGAAAAGAGCUUGAUACUCAAGUCGUCGACAUUCCGAGGAUCAGCAACGGCUCGAAUAACUACGGGUUCCAGCUGGAGCUGUCGAAUCGGCCGUCCGCUGUGGCCAGGCUCGCUCGCGGCGACGUAAACUGGCCCUAUUUCGACGGCUUUCCCGUAGACAUCCAGAUCUCAGAGAUCAAGUUCGAGGCAGAGGUCUACGCGCUCAUGCGGUCUGAGCCGGAAAUCAAAGCCUCGAAGUUGUUGUAUCACCGUGCACCACAGCAGCAUGAAGGGCCCAGAACGUCGAUUCCCGAGGACAUUCUUGGUCGACGAUUGAUGGUGUUUGAGCGAGCUGAGGGCGGGAGUACAAGCGUCUGGCGGCAACUGUCCGCACCACAGCAGCUGGACGUUGUUGCCCAGGCUGCAUCCAUACGUGCGGCGUUGUUCAACUUCGAACUCCCCCCUGGCUCCGCUGAUAAGUGGUUGCUGGGGCGUCUGUUCGAGCAGAGACCCAAGUCAUUUAACUUCGCAGUGGCUUCCACGCGUGAAUUCUGCGUGAAACUGUGG